AUGAGUUCCACCUACGACAACCUCCCUCUUCGCGUUGUCCCUCACAUCGUUGACGAAAUCGCAAGAACUGCUCCCAACACGAAAUGGGUAGAAGUACCUCGCAACAACAGUAACCUUCAAGAUGGUUAUAAGACCCUGACUUUCGGUCAAUUAUCACAAGCUGUCAGCAAAAUGGCCCGUUGGAUCGAGCAGACCAUCGGAACCAGCACGUCAAGAGAAACCAUCACUUACAUGGACCGCCAAAACGACAUCAGAUAUAUCUUUGCCAUCAUUGCAUCUAUGAAGACUGGUUACAAGGCUCUCCUUGCCUCGACACGUAACAGCGAAGAAGGCCAACGUGCCAUCCUCCAACGUACACAAAGCAAGAAAUUCCUGCACGGCCAGGGCAUGAGGAAAGAGAUCCUCGCAUUGCAAGACGAAAAGACACCCAUCGAGGCCUAUGAGGUUCCUCCUAUGGACUACUUUUUCAAUGACGAUAAAGUGGAACACUACGAGGGCGUUGUCAGUACAGACCCCAAUGAUAUUGUCGCCAUCAUCCAUACUUCUGGUUCGACCGGCAUCCCGAAGCCGAUCUACCUCCGCAAUGGCUACCUCGCCUGCCUCGAUCGUAUCCGUCAGCUCCCAAUUGCUGGUGGCCGUCUCUCGAGAGCCCAGAAGUUCGUUGGUACGGACCGGGCUUUCUGCAGUCUGCCAUGGUUCCACGCAAUGGGCUUUUUCAUGGCACUAAGAUCGAUCUACGCCCAAGGCCCUCUUAUUCUGCCUCCUGUAGGCCGCUCGCCCAACGCCGAUCUCACGCUUGAGGUGCUUCAAGUCGCUAAACCAGCGACUGGCUUCUUCCCGCCUGCCAUCCUUGAAGACAUCGUCGAUGCUCCUGGUGGCAUCGACACUCUCGCAAAGCUUGAUUUCGUCUUCUUUGCAGGAGCUCCUCUUGCACAAGAGGUAGGUGACCGUAUUGCUGAGACCACCCAAAUCCAGACCAUCAUCGGUUCUACCGAGGGUACAUUCUGGGAUAGCUACAUCACCGAAGACCGUUCCGACUGGGGUUGGUUCGAGUGGUGUGAGCAUACAGGUGCUGUUAUGGAGCCCUCUGGCGAGCUCCACGAGAUGGUCAUCAAGCGCAUGCCCGGUAAUCCCGUUCAGGGUGCAUUCUGGAGUUUCCCUGAGCUUGACGAGUACCGCACCAAAGAUCUGUACGAGGAGCACCCCACCAAAAAAGGUCUCUGGAAGUACAAGGGUCGCAACGACGAUGUGAUCGUUCUCAGCAACGGCGAGAAGUUCAAUCCUGUCAUGUUCGAGAAGGACGUCGAAGGCCAUCCAGCAGUAAAGGGCGCUCUUGUUGUUGGUCAAGGUCGCUUCCAGGCUGGUCUCAUCCUCGAGACCAACACUAAGACUGAUCCCGAGACAUUCCUCGAGCAGAUCUGGCCUGCAGUUGAGCGAGCCAACGAGAAAAUGGCCGCUCAUGGCAGAGUCUGGAAGUCAAAGAUUGCCAUUGCCAACCCCCAGAAGCCCUUCCAGCGAGCUCCCAAGGGUAGCAUCAUGCGCCGCAAGACCAAUGAGCUUUACAAAGCUGAGAUCGAUGCGCUGUAUUCCAACGAGAGUUCGGCCGAGUCACUUGGACAGCUGGACGCCAAUGCUGACCUGGCCUCUAUCCGCAGCUUUGUAAAGCAGGCCAUUCUUCUUGCCUUGCCCCAAGUCCCUGAGAACCUUGAUGACGAAGGCUACGAGGCCGACCUCUUCUCCUUUGGCAUCGACUCACUUCAAGUGCUUGCUUUAGCCAACACUAUCGGCCACGCUCUUCCGAAGAAGGAGGGCUCGCGUGAUGCAACAUUCAAGCCUCGGAUGGUCUAUGGCAACCCAACCAUCGAUGCCUUGACCAAGGCAGUCCGUAACAUUCUCCACGGCGAGGCCGCCAAUGGAGCUCCUACCAAGUCUCGUGAGCAAAACAUGGAUGAGGUCAUCAAGAAGUAUACACAAAACCUACCUUCGCCUAUCGAGUACAAUCCUCGCCAGCAGAAGCAUGCUAUUGCUCUCACGGGGAGCACUGGCUCUCUAGGUAACUACCUGCUGGAAGGCAUGAUUGCAAACCCUGCCGUCGCAAAGAUUUACUGUCUCAACCGCUCGGAUGCCCAAAGCCGACAGAAGCGCAGCUUCGAAGAGCGCGGAGCUGUACCCGACUUCUCCAAGGUCGUCUUCUUGCAAGCUUCAUUUGGCAAGGAGAACUUCGGUCUGCCUGACGCAGUAUAUCACGAGCUUCAACGUGACGUUGACGUCUUCAUCCAUAACGCCUGGGCUGUCGACUUUAACAUGGGUCUUGAGUCCUUCGAAGAGACCCAUCUGAUGGGCACGCGUCGUGUCAUUGAUUUCAGUGCUUCUGCUCAAUACCACCCCCACAUAAUCUUCAUUUCCUCCAUCGCUAGCACUGGCAACUGGCUCGGCAGCGGACACUCUGGUUUUGUUCCUGAGGUGUUCAUGCAAGAUAACAGUCUUCCCUUCCCUCAAGGAUACGGAGAAAGCAAGCAUGUCGCGGGAGCCAUGCUCGCCAUUGCAGCCGAAAAGUCGCACAUUCCCUCUACUGUCGUUCGCGUAGGUCAGCUCGCCGGUCCCACCGCCGAAAAGGGUCUUUGGAACCGUCAGGAGUGGUUGCCUUCUAUCGUUGCAUCGUCCAAGGCUAUUGGCAAGAUCCCUCGCACCUUGGGCAACGAAGAUAUCGUCGAUUGGGUACCCACGGAUGCAGCAGCUAAGAUCCUUAUCGAUCUCACACGCACACGCCUGCGCACUCAAGAGUCUCAGAAGCUGGACACCUUCCACCUCGUCAACCCCUCCACCGUACAAUGGAAAAACCUCGUACCUAGCGUCGUCGACUUCUACGCCUCCCAAGGCACUGAGAUUAAGAUCGUCGAAUUCAAGGACUGGCUUGAUGAGAUGAAGAAAUUGGACAUGACUGAAGAGGUUGUGAGCAAGGUGCCUGGACUGAAGUUGUUGGACUUUUAUGAAGGUCUGGCUGUUGAGGAGGGUAGCUUGCCUAGAUUGGCUACUGAGCACACUGCUGAGGCCAGUGUUACGUUGAGGGAGUUGGGCCCUGUGAACCGUGAUUUGAUGGUAAAUUGGUGCAAGCAGUGGAAUUUCUAG